UUUCAGGAAAGAAAAACUUUGCUAGCUCUGCAGUUAGUGAGAUUUGUUUCUCUCUUAAAAUUUGAGAGUGAAACUGACGAAAAUCCCUGCAUAAGAGAUGGAGGUGGCCUCCACUUGCAGCAUCGAUUGGCUCUUACAUGAUCUAGAUUUGAUCCUGAACAGCUCAGGAAUAUACCUUUUUGUUCUUUACGAUGUUCGUGAUGCAAUCAAACACUUGAAAUUUCUCAAAACAUUUCUUAUGUGUGCUAGAAAGUGGAGCCAAAGCAAUGAUUUGUACUUGCAAUCUGACAAUGUUGUGAAGAGGGUAAGUCUUCGAUCUUUCUUAUCUUGUAUCGAAGAUACCUUUCACAAAUAUGAGGAGGACAUUCAGUCUCUUUGCCUUAGAUUAGAAACGGAGGACAUUCACAAAUCUAUUGUUGCUCAUGGAGUGUUACACGAAAUUGAGAAAGAGAUCAUAUCACUCAAGCAAGAAAUCAUCCAAAUUUACUUUGCUUUGGCAAGCAGCAGGUCAUUUCAAUCAAAUUCUUGUAUGACAGAUGAUGAACUGUUGGAAUUCAUAGACCUCAUCCUGCAAAAUCUAGCAGAUUUGGCAUAUGACGAUAUGAAUUGGAAAAUUACUAAAUCGUCUAUUUAUGCUGCUUUGAGUGCUCAAGUCCAAGAUCUUGAAGCAAAGCUGACAUUCUUGAAAAGCUUCAUUCCCUUUGCCAAAAUGCGAGGAACCGCAGAUAUUCCUGCCUUGCUAUUGGCUCACUUUGAAGUGGUGGCUUUGACCGCAGCACGCCUCUCUUACAUGUGGUCCUUUUGGGAUGAUUUUGAGGCAAUUCACAAUCCUGGGUUAUACUACAGAAGUACUCGCAGCUUCGAACUCCUCAGCAUCAGAGCGGUUGAUUUUCAUGUCUACGAGAUUUAUAAGGAAGUACUUGCAGCUUCAAACUCCUCAGCAUCAUUACAUACAGCAGUGAUGGAUGAGCGGAUAUUGAACAACUUCAAUGAUUCUCUGAUAAGCCGUCUCUGGGAGUUGUUAUGCUGCAGCUCUAGCUUUGUGGAUUCUAUGAAAGAUGAAAUGCAAAAACUCUAUGCAGGACUGAGGUUUUUGAGAAGCAUUUUAAGGGAGCAUCAUGAGAUGAUGGAUGAACAAAAUGAAAAAAUUGGAGCUCUCCUGGGUGAGGCAGGCAUUAUAAUAUUCUCGCCCACUCUGAGCAGAGUGAUAGAAGGAGAAGUUAGCUUCUCAGGAUCCACCCAGGUUCUUGAUUUUUGUGAUAUGCUGGCCAAUACCAACAUCCAUAUCAAACAUUUUAAGGAUCAGCUCAGUGUCUCAAGUACUAUAGAGAGUCUUCCUAAUUCCUCUCAUAGCUUAAGAGCACCAGAAGUUAGCCAGACUUCCAGCCGCAUGCUAUCAAAAGGUAAAAUGCCAAUAGACCAUGAAGUCAUGGUUGGUCUUGAUGAUAAGGGAGAACAAGGAAUUGAACCACUUAUCAAGCAUUUUAAGGAUCAGAUCAGUGGCUCAAGUACUAUACAGAGUCUUCCGAACUCCUCUCAUAGCUUAAGAGCACCAGAAGUUAGCCAGACUUCCAGCCGCAUGCUAUCAAAAGGUAAAAUGCCAAUAGCUCGUGAAAUCAUGGUUGGUCUUGAUGAUGAGGCAGCAAAAGUAUUUGAACGACUUAGAUGGGGAUCAGAACAGGUGGAAAUUGUUCCCAUUGUGGGAAUGGCUGGGCUUGGUAAGACGACUUUAGCCAAAAAAGUUUACAAUAAUAUUUCAGUAACCUGUCACUUCCACAUUCGUCUUUGGUGCACUGUUUCUCAAGAAUUUAACAUGAAAAAUGUGUUACUUCAAAUUUUGUGCUCUGAUGGCAAACAUUCUAGGAAGGAUGAGUUUCAAAAUCUGGAUGAACAUGCGUUGCUUGAAAAGCUCCAUCAAAGGCUAUUGAAGAAUCGGUAUCUUGUUGUUUUUGAUGAUGUCUGGGACAUUGAGGUAUGGAAUGAGCUGAGAACUGCAUUCCCCAAUGACAAGAAUGGAAGUAGAAUCAUCUUUACGAGUCGAUUUUCUAAUGUAGCUUCAGAGGUUCAAUAUGGUGGAGAACCUCACAAGAUUCGCCGCCUUACUGUCGAAGAGAGUUUCGAAUUGCUGCAGAAGAAGGUGUUUGGAGAAGAAGAAGAAUGUCCUCAAGCAUUGCAUGAAUUGGGAAUGGCGAUUGCCAAAAAGUGCAGGGGAUUGCCACUUGCACUUGUUGUUGUAGCUGGAGUCCUGGCAACUAUAGAGCAUGAUAUUUGUGUUUGGGAAGAAUUUGCUGAAAGUUUUACUUUGACCAUGGUGUCUGGUGCAGACCAGUGCAAGAAGUCCUUGGAGCUCAGUUUUGAGCAUUUACCAUACCACUUGAAGGAAUGCUUGCUGUAUUUUGCUGCAUUUCGAGAAGAUGAAAAAAUUGGUGCCAAGAAGUUGAUGUGUCUAUGGAUUGCAGAAGGAUUUGUGGAAAUAAUUGAAGGAGAGAAAUCAGAGGAUGUUGCAGAAAAAUAUCUGAUGGACCUAAUUGGCCGAAACCUAGUUAUGGUAGGUAAGAACAGAUCCAUUGGUGGAGUGAAAACUUGUUACAUUCACGAUUUGAUAUUUGAGUUCUGUAAGGGCAAGGCGAAAGAAAAGAAAUUCCUUCAGGUCCUGCGAGGAUAUGAUGAGCUUUCUACCUUUAAUGAGCCUCCCAACCUACCUCGGUUGUCCAUUUGCUCCAGUGGCAAAGAUUUUAUGAAGUCAAAGCUAUUUUGUCCGCAUUUAGUUUUGAAUUUAGGGAACAUUAACCUAAGGUUGAAGGAGCUUCCAACUGAAGUCGAAUCACUUCUUUGUUUGAGGUACUUAGCCCUUACAGCUUGGACAAUGGGAUUCAUUCCACCAUCUAUAGCCAAUCUCUCACAUUUGGAAACCUUUUGUCUAAAUUCUGGUGAGAUUGUUUCAUUGCCAGAUAGCAUCUGGAACAUGAAGAAGUUGAGGCAUAUACAUGUAAGAUGGGAGGGUAUCAUUAUUCCUUUCUCUUCCAACGACAACGGUGUUGAAAACCUCUCCACUUUACCCAAUUUAGACACACUCUCUUGUUUGUGCCUUUAUGAAGAGGGAGAGAACUUAUUGAGAAGGAUUCCCAACGUUCGCCGACUUACAAUUUCCGAUUAUCAGACUGGAAAUGAAGUGUUUAACAUGAGUCGACUAGAAUGCCUAGAAUCACUCACCUACUCGGGCAAUUACUCCUCAGGUUCAAUGGAACAUGUUGAGCUUUCUUUUCCCAUGAAUUUGAAGAAGUUGAGUCUUUCCUACCUGGGUCUUCCCUGUAGUAAAAUGUCAUUGAUUGAACAACUACCCAACCUUGAAGUCCUCAAAUUAAGAGAGCGGGCAAUGGACGGCCAAAGAUGGGAGCUGAUGGUAGGAGGAUUCCCUAAACUCAGGGUCUUGACUUUGGAAGAAGUAGAGGUUGUGGAGUGGAUAGAGGCAGACCCUGACAGUGAUGAUUACUUCCCGUGCCUUCAGCAAUUAAAACUCCACGAUAUUUCUAAUUUGAAAAUGAUGCCUGCUUGUUUAGAGAGUAUAUCUACUCUUGAAGAAAUUAAGGUGAGUUCUUGCGGAGAUGGCGUCAAAUCUUUAGUACGGGAAAUUGAAGCAGCACAGGAAUAUAAUAAUGGAAAUGAGAAUAUGAAGAUCAUCAUCAUAGAUUGAAGGGCAUCAGCUGGUGCAACAUCUGGGAGUGCUGCGGUGGUUUUUCCUCUUCAGAUUGUAAUUGGUCAUCCGUGCGGUCUGGCUUUCUUUGAUACUUUUGUGGAAGAUGGAGGUAAAAGUUGGAAAGGAUCCAUGGCUCUUUUCUUGUCAAGAUAUGGUGGAAACAAUCAAUGAGAUUAUUCAGAUAUUUUGCUGUUGGCCUAUUUGAGGUUCAAACUCCAUCAUUUUGAUAGAAUUGAUUAACAAUUUAUGUUUGGGCUCAUGGUUCUUGGAAGAAUAUGAUAGCCCAAUUUGGAAACCUCUGUGAUCAUCUCUUUUCUGCUCACAACAGGUUUUUUACGGUAAAAACUGCAAUGGGGAUUGCAAAAGGCAUUACGUGGCCUGAUCAGGAUAGAAUUGGUUGAAGAUGUAUGCUCAAUCUCAGGUUUGGAUUUAGGAUAUCCAACUUUGAGAUUUGCUAAAUUUUCAGAAUCACAUUUUAGUCCUUCAAGUUGGAGAAUUUUUGCAAAGAAUGAAGUAAGGGACUUAAGUUCCUUUAAGAAGGAUGUCUGCAACUUGGUUUUUCUGCUGCUUGAGCUAAUUGCUCGAAAGGGCAUUAGUAAAAUAAUUGAUUCUCCAAAGAGCUUUAAAUGUGAUAUGUUUGUAUGAAUAUUUAAUUUUCCAUUUUUGAAUUCCACACCAUAUGUUUUAGAUGA